CAGUGUCUACAGUCAUGAGUUCCUGGAUCUAUGCAGAUCAGUAGUAUCUAACUCUGUUCUCCUGCCCAGCUGAAGCCUUAAAGUUGCUCUAGAAAUGAAUGCUAGGAUUCUUCUGGACAUUUCUUGCUCCAGUUAUUGCAAAAUAACUCCGAUGAAGUUUCUGCCCAGCCCUCCAGAGAUGGCUGUUAUCUAGAUCACAGGGAAUAAGAUCACCAGGAAUGGUGCUCCACUGGGUUGCCAGGUCUCCAUGCUCCACGAUAGAGAAAGAGCUGGUCAGUCAUUAACAGAGCUGGAUUGUCUCUCCCAGACCACAUGACAAGGCACUGCAUGAGAAAACCAGCAGAUGACAUGUCUAUAGAGGUCAUUCUGUGCCAGAAACAGUUACAUGUCUGGAAUGUAUUUUUGGUAUUUGAUUUCUACUCACACACAAUGAGUAAAAACAACAUACUCCACACUGACAGAAACAUGAAAGUCACCUUGUUCUCUGAAGUGAGUGUUGGGAUCUCAGCUAACAGUAUCCUUUUUAUUGCUCACUUAUGUAUUCUCCUUGGUGAGAACAGGCCUAAGCCCAUUGAUCUCUACAUUGCUUUCUUCUCUCUAACACAACUAAUGUUGCUUAUAACUAUGGGCCUCAUAGCUGUGGACAUGUUUACUUCUCAGGGGAUAUGGGAUUCUAUCACAUGCCAAUCCCUUAUCUAUUUGCACAGGCUUUUGAGGGUCCUCACUAUUUCUGCUACCUGUCUGCUGAAUGUACUUUGGACCACCAUGCUUAGUCCUAGAAGCUCCUGUUUAACAAAGUUUAAACAUAAAUCUCCCUAUCACAUCUCAGGUGCCUUUCUUUUAUUCUGUAUCCUCUAUAUGUCUUUUAGCCUUCACCUCUUCAUAUCAAUUAUUGCUACCCCCAAUUUGACCUCAGAUAAUUUUAUGUAUGUUACUCAGUCCUGCUCGCUUAUACCCAUGAGUUACUCCAGAACAAGCAUGUUUUCCACACCGAUGGCCAUCAUUCUCCUUGGUUUCAUGGCCCUGUCCAGCAUAUACAUGGUGGCUCUCCUACAGAGGCACAAGAAGCAGGCCCAGCAUCUUCACAGCACCAGCCUUUCUUCAAAAGCAUCCCCAGAGCAAAGGGCCACCAGGACCAUCAUGCUGCUCAUGAGCUUCUUUGUGGUUCUCUACAUUUUAGAAAAUGUUGUCUACUACUCAAGGAUGAAGUUCGAGAAUGGAUUAAUGUUGUAUUGUGUCCAAAUUAUUCUGUGCCACAGCUAUGCCACAGUCAGCCCUUUUGUUUUUAUUUGCAAAGAAAAACGUAUAAUUAAGUUUUUGAGAUCAAUUUCUGGCAGGAGAGUAAAUAUUUGA